UCAAAAUAACAACAUCCGUUUUCAAUUAAAAGAAACUAAUUUCUCGGCAGUUUUCGUCCUUUUGUCCAAGCUAAGCAGGUCAAAAGCUACUGGUCUGGACAAAAUUUCGUCCCGCCUACUUCGAGAGUGUUCUGAUUUAAUAGCGGAAUCUCUUAGCUACAUUUUUAAUCGAUCAAUUGUCUCCGGAGUAUUCCCAGAUGAGUGGAAACAUGCUAAAGUUGUCCCAAUACACAAACAAGGGAAACGUAAUUGCCCUGACAAUUAUCGCCCGAUUUCCAUUGUCUCGGUAGUGGCUAAGGUUUUCGAAAGGAUAAUUUAUGAUCAGCUGUAUUUAUUUCUAUCUGAAAAUAGUCUGUUAACUAAUUGUCAGUCAGGAUUUCGUGGUCUACAUUCUACUGUUACCGCCCUUCUUGAGGCCGCUAACGAUUGGGCUUAUAAUAUCGAUCAUGGAAGCGUAAAUGCUGUCCUGUUUCUCGACUUCAGGAAGGCGUUUGAUACCGUAGACCACGAGAUUCUUUUAGGAAAACUAAAUUCAUAUGGCAUCAAUGGUGUUGCUGGCAACUGGUUCAGAUCAUGUCUCAGUGAACGGAAACAAAAAUGUUUCGUUAAUGGUCAUUUUUCGACAAAUCGUUUACUCCGUUGCGAAGUUCCCCAGGGAACUAUUCUGGGGCCACUUUUAUUCUUAAUCUAUAUCAAUGAUCUCCCGAAUUGCCUCUCUCACUCACGUGCACGCAUGUAUGCAGAUGACACUCAUUUGACUUACGCAAGUAACGAUAUUGAUGACAUUGAUCAUCACUUCAACGAAGAUCUUGCUAAAGUCAGUGAGUGGUUAGUAGGUUAGUAUGAAUUGGAAAAUUUAUGCAUUUCAAUCAAUAAACCUAGAUCUAAGCCUUUUCUUAUAGUGACAUGGUAUAGGCCACCAAAUUCGGUCGUGGAUAAGUUUAAUCACCUAGAAACGCUACUAGGCAAACUUGAUGCUGAAAAUAUUGAGUACUAUCUGGUGGGUGACCUGAAUUGUGAUUUAAGCUCUACAGUCUUGGAUCAUAGUUCAAGGUUGCUCAUUGAUAUUGCUGAAACAUUCGAUCUUCAACAACUGAUAACUGAACAAACUCGAAUUACAAGUUCAUCGUCAAUAUAGGUUAUCAUAUAAGGGAUGAGGUGAUAUCAGUUUUAUCGCUCGAGGGAUGAUAUCACAAUUGUCACGAGCGAGCGCAGCGAGCGAGGGACAAUUGGGAUAUCGUCCCGAGAGCGAUAAAACUGAUAUCACCGAAUCCCGAGUACGAUAACCUAUUUAUUAUAUACUUGUACCUUUAUCAGGGUUUGACACCCAUAAGUAAACAGUUUUGAAAAAAUAGGAUCAUUUUAGAAUUCAAAACAAUUCAUCGUUCAACAAAUAUGAUUUUAGAAAAUAAAUAGACCAAUAAUAUACAAUUUAAGUCUUUCAUUUUGUAUUAUCGUUCUUGUUUUCUUCGAUAAACUGUCGACAUCAACCAACACGAACCUCGAGUCGGCCAUCUUUGUUUUGACAAGGCGCGAAAUUUAGCGGGACAAAAAACGAUAUCCGGGACAGAAAACGAUAUCCGGGACAAAAAACGAUAUCCGGGACGAUAUCGUUUUUAUGUCCCGCUGCUUCCUACCUGAUAAAGGUACAAGUAUGUGAUAAACAUUGAUAGAUCACAAUUUUACAAACGCUCCUGAUAGAGUGGUCUGCUCUGGUGUUUCUCACAUUAGUAUAAGUGAUCAUAGUCUUGUUUAUGCCUUUAGAAAACUUUCCGCCAGAAUGCCGACAAGAGGACAUACUACAGUAAGCUAUAGAAAGAUUAAAAACUUUGAUUCUGCCAAAUUUCGUAAUGAUAUUAGUCAGCAAAACUGGGACUUUAUCCAUCAAUUUAAGAAUCCUAAUGAUAUGUGGCAUACUUGGAAAAACACAUUUAAUUUUGUUGUAGAAAAGCAUGCUCCUUUACGCACAAAGCGUGUCAAGGCCUCUAAAGCGCCUUGGAUUUCAUCUCACUUGAAAGGUGAAAUGCACAAAAGAGAUAUUCUUAAAAUCAAUGCAAUCCGGUCUAAUGAUCCUUUAGAUUGGCAUAUUUUUAAGAAAAUGCGAAAUUCCGUAAAUCAAAAUAUUGCCCGGGCGAAGGAAAACUAUUUUAAACGUGCGUUUUCUGAAAAUAAAUCCAACUCGAAAAAGACCUGGAAUAUUAUUAAUGAUCUCACAUCUAAAAAUCGAAAAAGCUCGCAUAUUCACGAAGUUGAUUUGGAUGGUAAUUUGAUUAACGAUUCCAACAAAAUAGCUGAUGCUUUUAAUGAACACUUCUCUAACAUUGGUCCGAAGCUUGCAGAUAAUGUAGAUGUUUAUCAGAAUAAUCGUUGUUAUCUCGAUUAUUUACCUAGUCAAAAUAACAACAUCCGUUUUCAAUUAAAAGAAACUAAUUUCUCGGCAGUUUUCGUCCUUUUGUCCAAGCUAAGCAGGUCAAAAGCUACUGGUCUGGACAAAAUUUCGUCCCGCCUACUUCGAGAGUGCCCUAGUUUAAUAGCGGAAUCUCUUAGCUACAUUUUUAAUCGAUCAAUUGUCUCCGGAGUAUUCCCAGAUGAGUGGAAACAUGCUAAAGUUGUCCCAAUACACAAACAAGGGAAACGUAAUUGCCCUGACAAUUAUCGCCCGAUUUCCAUUGUCUCGGUAGUGGCUAAGGUUUUCGAAAGGAUAAUUUAUGAUCAGCUGUAUUUAUUUCUAUCUGAAAAUAGUCUGUUAACUAAUUGUCAGUCAGGAUUUUGUGGUCUACAUUCUACUGUUACCGCCCUUCUUGAGGCCGCUAACGAUUGGGCUUAUAAUAUCGAUCAUGGAAGCGUAAAUGCUGUCCUGUUUCUCGACUUCAGGAAGGCGUUUGAUACCGUAGACCACGAGAUUCUUUUAGGAAAAAAAUCGUUUACUCCGUUGCGAAGUUCCCCAGGGAACUAUUCUGGGGCCACUUUUAUUCUUAAUCUAUAUCAAUGA